AUGGGCCCCACGGCUUCCGCAAACGUGGGCACGAUCUCGGACGGCGGAUCCGCACUUUUCACCUCCAUAACCUCCGCCCUCUCCUCCGCCUGCCCAGCUCCAACAAGCGGCAGCACCCUCACCUCCUGCUCCUCCUCCGCCAAAGUCACAGGCCUAACCUACGUCGACACCUACGAGAUCUACCGUGACGGAACACUAGACAUUGACAUCCCUCUCAUCUCCGUCUCCGACCCCACCGUUCUCAGCGCUCUAAUAGCCUUCGUGGCCGCAGGCGUGCGGGCAAACACCCAGUCCCCCAACAACACAGCUUCGACCUGGUAUGAUUGUGAUAAAUCCCAGUUUCCCGUUUGUCUGGACGACGGUGGGAUCGAUCCGUGGACUACUAAUCUUACCAAUGUUCCUUCGUUGUAUCAGGCACUUUACUUGGAGCAGACGGUCGCCACAGGUGGCGCGGUUAAGAUCCAGAAUAUAGAAGUGAAGAUGCAACUUGAAGCUGGCGCGGACGAUUUUGCUUGUUCGGAUACGGGACUCGCUUUGAGCAUUCUGGCUGGUGUGGCGAGCGUUCUGCCUGGACUUGGGUGGCUGAGUGGAGGCACAGUUGGGUCGGUCGCAAGGGCUGGGUUGAGUCUGGCUUGCAAUUUGCCACACUUGAAGGAGUGA